AUGCCAAACAUUGAGGUGAUUCAUGCCGAUGAGACCACCUUACAAUUGCUUCGAGGUCCUAAGACCCAGGAAGUGGAGGUCUCGCCGCUGGAGGUGAACUUUUCCCAGCACGUGAUCUAUCCCUUAUUUUCCGACGGCACGUCUGUGGAUGAGACCGUGAGGGAAGUGACCGCAGUGGAGUCGUUUGAUGAGGAGAUCUAUUGGCUCAAAGCGCCUUUCCCACCAAUUCAGGCGGUGCGUUGGUGUCCCAAGCUUCGUGAUGGGGAAGGGAAGCCUGUCUUGGAUGAGAACGGGGAAGAGCGCCGAGGGGUGGAGGGGCUCUUCACCUUGGACAAUCGACGUCUCUAUGUGCUCCAGCGUGCAGCAGUCUACCAGUACCCCAGGAAGUGCAAGAUCACCGUGGAGGUUGUGACUGACCGGUGGGAGGUUCUUAACCAUUUGAAGAAGUUUCGUACUCGCACCAAUGGCCUUUCGAUCUUUGUCUCGGAAUGGAAUGGCACGGGCCGCGACAACACCAAGCACUUUGACGUGCUGCGUGUCUGGGACUGGAGGUCGGCUGUUUCAAAGCUGGAAGAAGGGCCAGCCGAACAAGAACAGGCUGCCGAUGCGGGAAAUUGCGGCUGCUGGGAGUAUUUGGACCCACGCAAGCUGUGCCGAGGGCCCUACAGCAAUUGGCAAAUGCAGCAAUGGUGGGACCAUGGGAUGCUGCCGCGCGACUUGCAGAUCCGCCCCUUUCGGCCAAAGACAGCUGAAGCAGACGCAACAUCUUUGGGAAAUCCAGACCGAUUCGCACGCAUGGCGCUCGCUGCACUGGCGCUCGCUGCACUGGCGUCCAUCGUUUGCCCUGCCGACAGCUUUCGGAGCGGCACCGCAGCCGAUGAAUGUCAAGAGAAGGAGAAGAUCGAGAUGAUGAUGAAAGUGUACACCCCAGAUGAGGAGAAGAUGUUCAAGGAGUGGUUCAGCGCCGUCGAGAACGAGGAUGUGCAGAAGAUCCGCUUGCUAAUCUCUCUGGGCGCGGAUAUAGACUUGAAACAAAAGUGGCGGGAUGACCACUCAGCCUUGGACUUGGCGGCCGAUCAAGGCAAUGUGGAGAUGGUGAAGACUCUUAUCUCUCUCAAAGCUGAUGUGAAUUCCCGGGCUUACUCUGGGCAGACCCCGCUGUAUCAAGCAGGCGGCAGGUGCUUUACGAAGACGGAGAAAAGUACAGAGAUCACCAAGCUUCUCUUGGAGGCCAAAGGAGAUCCAAAUCUCAAGGACACCACGUUUGGAAGGGCUCCAUUGAUUUAUGCAGCCCGAGAUGAUUGUGUGGAAAUGGUGAAGUUGCUGCUCGCUGCUGGCGCCGACGCCAACACCGAGGACAACGAUGGGAUGACUCCUUUGGACCAUGCAGAGCAACGUCACAGGACCGAGGCGGACUCCUCUGCCAAAUUGUGGAUCACGGCACUGGGGGAACCCUGCUUUUGCCAACCGAACAUGGACAGAAUAGACGACUAGGCAGGUCAACCUACCGUGAGUUCCGGGCUCCGGAUUGAACGACCCACAGCCAUCUCCGAAUCAGGGAGUUGGUUGGUCUAAGCAAGUCACCAAGAGCCAUUUCACAUGGAA